AUGCAUCACCUGAAGGAGCAGCUGGAGCAGAGGACGCGGGAGAUCGAGGAGAAUAUUCACAGACAACAGGAUGAGCUUCGACAAAUCCAAAAUGAGCUCCAUAGAGUCCAGGGAAACAGCCUGCAGAUGUUCUUGCCGAAGGGAAGUGGAGGACUUAGCUCUUCCCACAAUGUCAUGCAGCAGGGUGGGGCACUGAUCUCCCAGGCUCCUGUCGCCUCCCGGACUCCCCACAACAUACAGCAACAGCUUUCAGUCCAGCCGCAGACACAGCAACAAGCUUUAAGCCAGAACUCUCUCUCUGCUCCACUCUACAACACCAUGAUGAUUCCUCAGCAGAGUCCCGCCAACAUGGUCCAGAUCUCCACCAGUCUGGGUCAGAACACGGGACCAUCGCCGUCUUGUGUGACCACUUUCGCACAAGAUCGUAAUGCUCAAAUAAGGUUCUCAGCGUCUCCACAGCUGUUGACAAAGCUGGUGACGGGUCAGAUGACGUGUGGUGCGGUGAUGAUGCCCACUAUGUUUAUGGGGCAGGUGGUCACGGCCUUCUCCCCUCAGCCCGGACAGACCCAGACCAUCAACAUCUCACAGCAGCAGCAACCGGAGCAGAUCCAGCAGACACAAAUCCAACCCAUUCAGACGUCACAGGGAGCUCUGGGGCAGCAGCAGGCACAGUUCCUCCAGGCUCCACGACUCCUUCACGGAAACCAGUCGACUCAAUUGAUCCUUCAAGCCUUCCCCCUGCAGCAGCAAAGCACUUUCAGUGGCUCCGGCCAACAGCAGCACCAACAGAAGCAGAUGAAACCGUCAGGCCCUUAUCGCACAGACAGCCUCUCGGACCGGGCCACUGCACGGCCUCAGUAG